AUGCGGAGGUUGGGAGGCGGGAUGCGAUCGGAGGCGGCUUUCCGCGCCGUGGCGUUGACUUUCCUGGCGGCGGUGUCGAUCUUGGGAGGCGGGGAGGCGCGGCCGGAGCCGUGGGGCGGAGAUGCAGAGCUGCACGGAGGGCAGCGGCUCAGGCGGCUGUGGCAGGAUGAGGUCGGUGCGGCACCCAGCGGCAGCCCUGCUGAGUGUGGCCGGCACCCCUACAUCGUGUCCCUGCGGGAUAUGAAGAACACGCACAUGUGCAGCGGGGUGUUGGUCGACCCGCGGGCGGUGCUGACGUCCGCGGGGUGUGUUACGGGGCCCGAGGGCGGGCAGCAGUACAUAGCCGUGGUGGGCGCUUGCAGGCUGGAGGACGCCCUCAACGAGACGAACGAUGGAGGGAAGGUGGAGAUUUUCCAAACGAAGCAGGUCAUCACCCACGAGAACUGGACAGGGAGCAUAGAGGACGGCUAUGACAUCGCCCUCAUUGUGCUGGAUGGUGAAUCCAGUCGCUCUGUAAUCGGCCUUGCUGCUGCCAAGACGCAAGUGAGGCAGAACGACAGGGUGGCAAUGGUUGGAUGGGGCCUGGACGGCACGGGGAAGAAAGUGCAGGAACUGCAGCUGGUGGAGGACGUGCAGGUUGUCAUGAACGACUUCUGCGACGAGGAAAACGGCUGGCCGUUCCUUAAGGACACCAUGCUGUGCACCACGCAGAUCGACCUGUGCCGAGGCGACCGCGGCAGCCCCCUGAUAGAGCUGUUCGCGCCGAAGGGCAAUCCCAGCGGCGCCAGUCCCAAUUUCGACGUCCUCGUGGGGAUUGCGUCAUUUGAUGACGAAGAGGCUGGCUGCGGUGAGGACAGGCGGCCGGAUGUGUACACGCGAGUCAGCAACGUUCGGGGUUGGAUAGAAAAAGAGAUUGAGGCGCUGAGGGCCCCACCUCCCGCCAUCGUUGCGUUGGAAACGGGGGAGACGGGCGCCAUGAACGAGACAACGAGCACCCUGAACGUGACGUCAAGUGCACAAAAUGGGACGGCGAACGGCCAAAACGGGACGGAAGCCAUGGAUGAGAACUCGGACUGCGCCCUGUGUGCCAUGAACAACUCGCUGUGCUUCUUCUGCGGCUCCUAA